AUGCCCAACAGUCACUUAUUACAGCCACAUGCAUAUUUCGCUUCAAAAAGAAACUCUUCCGGUAUUGAACAUUAUUUUGUUGAGAGUCGGUCUCGAAUUGUCAAGUUUGUUACUGCUGGAUGCUUCAUUAUAAUCACUCUUCUCAUCCUGAUCAUCAGUCAGUAUCUUCUUCGGACAAAUUAUCGAAACGUAACUGUUAAUUUAGCUAAAAAUAUUUCUCAACCUCUAUCGACCGAAAUUUCAUUAAUCAUCCGGUAUAAUACGGAAACUUCGCUAUUUCUUUCGGAAUUGAUUUCUGAAAUUUAUCCUUAUUUAACUCAAAAUUUAACAAACAUAACGGUACCAGAACUAAUAUUUGAGUUAUUCAAAGAAGGUGAAUUAGCUACAGAUCCAUCAAUCGACAACUUUGAAUUCGCUUCACGAACAGGACAAUAUUACUUUUACAGAAACCAGAAGUCAACGAUUUAUUACGCUAAUGGUACUUCUGAUACCGAGAGUAUACCAUUAAAUUAUUGGAACCUCACCAAUAUCACAGGAUACCCGAGCGAAAACGGAUUUUAUUAUGAAAACAUAAAUCUUAUCAAUUUUGCCUGGUAUGCUCUGAUUAAGUCAAAUAAAGCCGCAUUCACCAUUUUAACUCAUUGGAAUGAGCCAAUUGUAAAUUCCAACUACUUUUUAGGCGCUUGCCCACUCUACAUCAACAAAAGUUUUUAUGGAGCGAUCAGUACUCGAUAUAGAACGUCCGAAAUUUCCGAUCUGAUCAAUUCAAUGCUUCCAUCAAAUCAUUCGCAUUUGGCCUUUGUUUCUUCAGAUGAAAUCAUCGCUCUUGACAGAACUAAAAUCAACGAAAGCGAAUACGCCUACUACUUGCCGAAUAUCUACAGUUUAUCCCAAACAUAUUGGAAAGCAGCCACAACUAACUCAAAUUACAAAAAAGGCUACUCCUACAAAGCCAAUGUUGAUGGUACUAAUUUAUCCUACUACGCUUCUUCGUUAUCUGUGUCUCUGACGAACGAUGACGAAUGGGAAAUUAUUUCUCUGUUAUGCAUCAGCGAUUUCGUUGAAGAUGACGGCGGAUCGUCAUUUAUUUGGAUAUUACUUAUUAUUUUGGAUGUUGUCUUUUUCAUUAUCCUAAUUUCUGUCCAAAGAAUUUUACAAAUUUGUCAAUUGACAACACAAAGCAAUAUCCUUGGCGAACCAACACCUACAUCGAGUAACUACUACGCCAUCGUUAAUAUGAUGGAAAAACUCCAAAGGACGCAUACAAAAGGCUCAUUACCUUCUGAUUUCGCAGAACAGAUCAUCCAAGACCUCCAGAACCCACUUAUAUAUAAUACAGCAUCCCUGAUUGAGUCAAUAAAGACGGAUGAGAUAAGGGAAGCCAUUCAAAUUAAAUUUCUUCAUCCGCAAUUCACGAAUUUGGCCAAUUACCCAACAACGAGUCGUACACAUUAUCUCAAUGAGAGCGCCGAUGAUUCCCGUAAGUAUAUCAUUGAAUCUUUCCUUAAAAUCAAUGAUGAUCUUUUCCAUCCUCAAAUGCUUGAGAUAACUAUCAAGGAACUCAUUGAAGAGCUUCCUGAUAUAAAUGUAAGACUCUUGGCCGAUUCUAUUAAUUUCAUAUUAUUUUACUCACAAUUCCAAACAGAUUUGGUAUUUUCCAUUGCAUUAUGCCUUGUAAGCUUCCAUAUAGCCCAGUACCAUGAUCAAUAUAACACUUACAAGAAGCUUUUCCUUUCAUAUCAUACUGAUAUUUCAGAUACUGGUCUGGAAUUCCUGAAUUCGAUAGAAACAGAUAACAAGAAUCGCCUAGAGUUCGUCUGCUUCUACUUUUUCAGAUUCUGUGACUCCGCUCCGCCAUCUGAGCAUCAUCGUGUCCUCCAAGCAGCUCUUUACAAACCAGAUGUGAAAUACAUAGCCAACCUAAUUUCUACAGCUGCUCAGACCUCUUAUUUGGAGGAAAAUGGCUCAACUCUCGGAAUGGAUAUUUCCGUGUUCGAAGCUGAAGUAAGGAAAACGAUUUUUGGUCCAUCAUUGGAAGUUAUUAGGAAGUUUAAGUCUCACUAA